GUUUCCUGAAUUCAGAGCGGCACCAGUUGUACCAUUCCUAAGAUUGUGCCAGUUUUGGUGUGGAGGAAAUGAGUUUUCUGCCAUCUCUAUCGGUGACGUGGAGUCUAGUCGUCUUGUUGUUCACCCUUUUGCUUAUCUAUGGAGUUUGGCCCUAUGGAUUCUUUAAAAAGCUUGGGAUCCCAGGACCAAGACCUCUGCCCUUCUUGGGAACCUUUUAUUCUUACAGAAAGGGAUUUUACAAUUUUGAUAUGGAGUGUUUCAAGAAAUAUGGAAAGGUUUGGGGAAUCUAUGAUGGAAGACUGCCAAUUCUGAUGGUCUUAGAUCUUGAAAUGAUCAAAGCCAUUAUGGUAAAAGAAUGUUUCUCUGCCUUCACCAAUAGAAGGGAAAUGAAAAUGGAACAAGCUGGUCCCUUAGCUGAUGGGAUAACUUCUGUGAAGGAUGAGAAAUGGAAACGAAUACGUAGUUCGCUCUCCCCCUUGUUUACUAGUGGACGACUAAAGGAGAUUUUUCCACUUGCUGAGAAAUAUGCAGAUCGCUUUAUUAGCAGUUUAAAGAAGAAAAACCUGGAAGAGUCAGUUAAAAUUAAAGAGUUAUUUGCUCCCUACGCCAUGGAUGUUGUCACCAGUGCUUCAUUUAGUGUUGAAACAGAUUCUAUAAACAACCCAAAUGACCCAUUUGUUUCUAACAUCAAGAAAUUUCUCAACUUCAGCUUCUUCAGUCCUUAUCUUCUGAUUACCACUCUCUUUCCAUUUUUAAUUCCGGUCCUAUCAAAAAUGGGAUUGACCUUGUUUUCCAAGUCAGCUAUGGACUUUUUCUACGGCUCCUUGAAGAAGAUCAAAGACCAGCACAACAAUGAAAAUAAACGAGUGGACUUCUUGCAGCUCAUGAUCCAGGGUCAAAUAUCUGAUGAACAAGCCGAGAAAGAAUUGAUUGAGCAACCAGCCAAGGGGUUAACUGAUCACGAGAUUCUUUCUCAAUCCUUAAUUUUUAUCUUUGGGGGCUAUGAGACCACAAGCACCACCCUGACUUAUCUACUGUAUAAUCUCACCGUAAAUCCAGACUGCAUGAAAAAACUGGUGGAGGAUAUUGAUGACACUUUUCCCAAUAAUACUCCUGUAACCUACGAUGCACUGAUGAAGAUGGAGUACCUGGAGAUGGCGAUUAAUGAGUCGAUGCGUCUCCUCCCUACUGCCCCACGUCUGGAAAGGAUGUGUAAGAAGACUAUAGAGCUCAAUGGAAUCACAAUACCAAAGGGCACCCUGGUGGGAAUUCCUGCAUACGUUCUAAACAGAGAUCCAGAGCUGUGGGAAUCUCCUGAACAAUUCAGACCUGAAAGGUUCAGUCCAGGUAAUGACAUCAGCCCCUACACAUUCAUGCCAUUCGGCCUCGGGCCCCGCAACUGUGUGGGAAUGAGGUUUGCUCAGAUGAUCAUGAAAUUGGUGAUAGUGAAACUGCUGCAGAACUUCAAUGUGGAGACAUGCAAGGAGACACAGAUUCCCAUUCAACUGAAUGCUCUGUUUCAACCUAAAGUUCCUGUGACUCUAAAACUGGUACCAAGAUCUCACCAUGAGGAAUAAGUCAACAUGAGGCAGGGUUUUACUAAAAAAAAUUAUUUUUAAUGAUCAAUAUUUGGUGUUUUUUCACUAAUGCUCAUUUUAGGUUUUUUAUAACUAGAAACAGCUUCAUAAAAACAAAUAAAAUAAUGAACAAUGCUACAUUGGUUCUAAUUUAGAACAUUAGUUCUUCUAAAUUACAAAGUGAUGGAGAAUUUUUUUUCUUUUAAAAAAUUUAUACUUCUUAACUUCAGGUCUGGCAGGGUGUUAAAAGAAAUUAGUAAAAACAUCCACUUUAUUUUUAUAAAUGCUUUAUUUUAAGAUGCAGCAAGAGAACAAUGUUAGCCAGUUUGAACUAAUGGACCUGAAUCAUAUAUUUUUAAACUACACACUAUUGUACCAAGGUGUGUCCUGUAUCAUUUUUGUACUUUGAUGUGUAGAAUUAUGGUUUUUACUAGGCAAAAAGACAGUUUCAGUUCUUUGCAGAGAAAUUGUUGUGUUGGGCAGCAUGAUGACAUUGGCUGCAUCCCAAACUGCAUUAACUAUUAUUAUAAAGUCCUUAAAAGUCUCAGCAGUCUCUGUAAUAGUUCUAAUGACCAGAAAUAAUGAUUAAUUAUUACCACUCAUCCCGAUUCUUAUAAUACAACCCCAAAUCAGGUUGGGACGGUAUGGAAAAUGCAAUUAAAAACAGUUUUAUUUAAAUGCAGACAGUAUGAAAGAAAAGAUAUUUCAUGUUCUGUCUGGUCACCUUCAUUUCAUUUGUUAUUAUACAUUCAAUCCUGCAUUUCCAAAAUACCAAAAAAAGCCUUUACCACUUUAUAAUGUUCCCAUUCCAUCAGACAACACUUGAAAGAUGUUUUGGCACCGAGGAUACCAAACAAUUUAGUGUUUCAGGUUUUAUUGUGUCCCAUUGUUCCUGCAAACACGUCUUAAUGUAUGUAACAGUAUGGGGUCGUCGUUGCAUUUUUUGGUUUAAAAUUCUCCACACAUUCUCUAUUGAGGUAAACAGGCAGGCCAGUCUACUAGCCAUACCCUCUCCCUCCACAGUCAUAUUUUUGUAAUAUGUGCAGCAUGUGGUAUUACAUUGUCUUGUUAAAAAUGUAGCAUAUGUUGAACUUUUCUGCAUUAAUUCUGCCAUCACAGAAGUGUAAAUUAUAUUUGUCAAGAGCACUGACACAACCCCAUACCAUGACAGACCCUGGCUUUGGACAUGUUGCUAAUAACAGUCCGGAUGGUCCGUGUUGUCUUUGAUCUGAAACACAGUGUCCAUUUCUUUAAAAAAAAAAAAAAAAAAAAAAAAAAAAAAAAAAAAAACUUAAAUACUGAUUCAUCUGACCAUAAUUCAUAUUUCCACUGUGUGAUAGUCCAUUCCAGAUGCCUCAGAGCCCAGAGAACUUGAUGCCACUUCUGGACAUGGUUAGCAUAAAGCUUCUUUUCCGCACAGUAAAAUUGUAAGUGCCACCUCUGAAAGUAACUCUGGCAAACCUUCGUCAAGCACUACAAUACAAAGUAAUCACUUGCCAAUGUGGUUAUAUCAGCUAUUGACGCCCUUGCUCUUCAUGCACUGAAAUUACUCCUGAUUCCUUGAAUCGUUUAAUGAUAUUAUGCACUGUAGAGGGAGAAAUAUGCAAAUCCCUUCCAAUCUUUCUUUGAGGAACAUUUUUUACAAUUUUCCAAAUCAUGAUUACAAUCACCUGUUUGAAAUCAUAUCAUUAUUUAGUUUUUUAGCCGCAUUACUAGCCCUAAACUGCCCCCGUCCCAACCUUUUUUAAAUGUGUUGCUGGCCUGAAAUGCUGGUUUAUACUGCAAUGAAAUGAAAGUCAAUGUAAGAAACAUUGCAUUUUUUAUUUGCAUCUUACAUACUGUCCCAACUUUCUGAUCUGGGGUUGUUUAUCUUUCAGUCAUCUGGUUAUUAUUUUAUUAAAAUCCAUCUUUAAAUUUGAUGAUCUAUGCUGGAUCUGUGUAUCUGUCAGAGCUCUGUUGUAAUGGACAUAGCAACUUAAUUUGAUGAAUUAAUUAAAUUGCCUAAUGUUAGAAUUCAGAUGCACGGUCAAAAUAAAGUUGUAGACUGCAUAUGAAAAAUGAUAUUCCCUCUUACACCCGCCAUGUGUUCACGGAUGAUCUGCAUACAGAAAAAGUAGUGGGAGCUUGAGAUUGCAUAGAUGAAUACAGAUGAAACAAAUGAAGGGUAAUACAUUACAAUAUCCGAAAAUGUAAAUGUACCAAUAAAUUGCAAUAAAUCUUUAUGCAUUCCGUUAA